AUGUCUCAGCUACCAGGCGACAACCCUUCACCAACUUGGCAAUGCAACGGCGAUCGUCGCCAUGGAACUUCCCUCCUCAUUAACUUCCUUCAACUCAACUUCAAGCCGCAGCACCAGAUGGCAAAGUCACUCCAGGUGGUACCCCAAGAAGUUCUCAUCGAGAUAACUCACUACCUCGACCGCAGCAGCACAUCAGCUCUAGCGAGAACAAACCACAAUUUCCACAGCACCAUAAACCCAGUGCUGUACAAUGGCAACUUCACACUCGACCUCCCAAUGGACUCGUGCGUCCUCUGGGCAGGCCGAAACGGCCGUCUGGAAACCAUUAAGCGCGCCCACUCAUACGGAGCAAAUCUAGAAGUAACAGGCUCACGCAACGACGAAGACUUGUCUCUGGACUGGGCACUUAUACCUGGCAGAAGGCGUUUUUUUGCAAGUGGCUUGCACCUCGCCAUGCAGAACCAGCAAGACGAUGUGUUCUACUACCUGCUCGGAAAUAUCUCCAAUCUCGACCUACCUGACAGAGACUUUUGUCUCUGCGGCCAGCGGAGGGGUGCUAUCGACGGGGAGACGUCUUAUUAUCCGUUGCAUUAUGCCAUUAAGCAUUGCACAAACCGCCCGGAUCUAGCAAAAGCACUCAUAAAUAGAGGAGCGUAUCUCUCUUCCAUGGCCUCUCAUGCUCUGAACGAUGCCGUCGAGGCAGGAAGUGCUGAUAUAGUAGAUAUGCUACUUCAGCAUCACAAGAUUAAUGCAACAGAUGUCAACUUACACGGAGAAACAGCGCUUCACUACGCAGCCAGGUCCAGUAUCGACGAGGCUGCCUGUAGAGCCAUGAUUCGCAAGUUCGUCGAAGCAGGUGUAUCUAUAGACGCAAAAGCUCUAGAUGGAACUACAGCCCUCAGCAACGCCUUCGUACACAAAAAUCUGACAGCCAUCGAGGAACUCCUCGACCACGGCGCCGACCCCAAUCUGAUGCCGACAGACACAGAAGGAAGCAGCCCACUGCAUCUCAUCUUGGAAUUCAAACACCGCAAUAGCGGCAUGGAUGCAGAAACAUUCAAAAAGCGCCGCUUCCGCAUCAUUCAACGGCUAGUCGAGGCUGGCACCGACCUCAACAAGUGUACCGGUAACAAUGGCGGUUCCGACGGUCCACCGCUCUGGCUGGCUUGUUCAAGCUCAGACCGUGAUCUCUCCAUCGUAAAGUAUCUUCUUGGCAAUGGCGCGCGGACAGACAUUCCCAUCAUGACUAAGUGGCCUGAUAAUGACGGGGCGCGGUCCAUCAUCGCAGCGUUGUUCGCAUCAUGCGAUCCAGAUGGGUUUAUGGGCUGUAUAGACGAAGAUACUGUGAACGGACUACGGGACAUGGUGGUUCUCCUCUUGCAGCAUGGAGCUCGUAUCGAUGAGGUGGAGGACACGGAUGGUGGGAAGUGGUACGAAUACGCUGAUGACGACUGGUAUAGUCAGGAUGGUAGGAGAUAUGCAGAUGGUGACUCGGCGCUGUUGUAUGCUUGUAGAGGAGUUGUGCAGCAGGAACCGGCGUGUUUGAAGAUGUUGCUGGGGCAUGCGACGAGGGAGAAUGUGUCGCUUGGGCAUUUGCGGGAGGCGAUGGGGAUGGAGUUUUCGGAUGAGGAGGAGGAGGAAGACGGUGUGGAUGGGGGUGAGGAAGUUCAGCGGAUGUUGAGAGAGUUUACUGGGAGGGAGUUUCCGGACGCUGAUGGAGAUGAAUGA